AUUUUAAAGAUGCAUAUAGACAAACCAAUGCUAUGCUAUUAGCUGUGUCCCGACCUCCUUAUUCAUUUUCUCAAUCCAAGUUUCGAAGUGCUAACCAUCAAUGGCUGAGGCAACAAAGAGGUAUGCAGUUGUUACAGGGGCGAACAAGGGUAUUGGAUUCGAAACAGUUAGACAGUUGGCUUCAAACGGGAUCGUUGUGGUGUUAACAGCAAGAGACGAGAAGAGGGGUCUUGAAGCUCUCCAGAAACUGCAACACUCCGGUCUCUCAGAUCAAGUGGUUUUCCAUCAGCUUGAUGUGUCUGACCCUGCUAGCAUUACUUCUUUCGCAGAUUUCAUCAAAACCCAGUUCGGGAAACUUGAUAUCUUGGUCAACAACGCCGGGAUUCCUGGAGCUAUAGUAGAUGGGGAUGCUUUAGCAGCUUCAGGUCAUGGUAAGGAUGGUGCCAUAGUCGAUAUGAGCAAAAUGUUUGUUCAGACUUAUGAGUUAGCUGAAGACUGCAUUAAAACAAACUACUAUGGCGCCAAAAGAAUGAUUGAAGCAUUUGUUCCCCUCCUUCAGUUAUCCAAUUCACCAAGGAUUGUUAAUAUUUCCUCUUCCAAUGGAACCUUGAAGAAUGUACCAAACGAGUGGGCCAGAGGAGUGUUAGGGGAUGCCGAAAGACUUACAGAUGAAAGAGUGGAUGAGGUAUUAGGAGAAUAUCUGAAAGAUUUCAAAGAGGGACGCUUGGAAUCCAAAGGCUGGCCGACUGCCUAUGUGGUUUCGAAAGCAGCUGUGAGUGCCUAUACCAGAAUUGUGGCAAAGAAAUAUCCCUCUUUUCGAGUCAAUUGCGUCUGUCCUGGCUAUGUCAAGACUGAAAUGAACCAUAACAAUGGCUUGCUAACGGUUGAAGAAGGUGCUGAAAGUCCUGUAAGGUUGGCACUGCUGCCAAACGACGGUCCUUCUGGCCUCUUCUUUGUUCGGAAUGAAGUGUCCACUUUCGACUAAGGAUUCUAUGUCUAUUUGUAUUUCUACAGUCUCAUCAGAAAAACGGGAGAAUAGAGAAGCGAUCCCUUUUCAUCAAUAGAAGACAGAAAAGUGAUGCGUACAUGUAUAUCGAAUCAGUGUGAUUAAUAA